GGCCAUCACUAGCCACAUCUCUAAGCCUCUCUAGCCACAGCUUGACAGUCGGGUUCGUCACCUGCCUUUCUCCUGCAUGUUGCAACAAGGCUCAGAUCAUGGUUAGUCUGUUCUUUAGCCUUCUAAGCUCCUCCUUCCAGCUCACCACAAGGUUGAUUUGAGCGGCGGCAAUGGCCGAAAUCAGCUUCUUUAUUGUGGCAUCUACAAUGGGAGUGAGGACAAGGUCAACCAUUUGCGCAAGGCUUGGUAGUGGGAGAAAAGAUAUGCUUAUCGGAGAGUUUGUGUUGGAGGCUAAGUAUAAAAUAGACAAAAGGGAGAUGUGGGAAGCAAAUAAAUGGGAUAGGCUAGGAUCGGCAUGGUGGAGAGACCUGCGGAAGAUAGAAUAUGAAGUAGAUGGAAAGAGAGGUUGGUUCAAGGAAGGGGUAGGAAAAAUAGUAGGAGAAGGGAAAGAAACUCUGUUCUGGCAUGAGGUCUGGGCGGGAGAUAUGCCGCUAAAAGAGAAAUUUAAUAGAUUAUUCCGCUUGUCCAGGGAAAAAGAUGUUUGUAUUGCAGAUAUGGGAGAAUGGAGAAAUGGGGAAUUGACGUGGAACUGGAAGUGGAGAAGGAGUCUCUUUACAUGGGAAACUGAUAUGCUACAAGACCUCCUUUCAACAGUACAAGGGACAAAGCUAAAACAGGGUGAAGACGACUGCUUUGUGUGGAAUCAUGACCCAACAGGCAAGUACUCAGUGAGAUCGGCAUACAACUUAUUAAACCAGAAACAAGAUGAUAGACCGGACCACAAAUUCAAGCUAAUUUGGGACAGCAAAACACCGUUGAAGAUAUCAGCCUUUGCAUGGAAAGCCUUACAAAACAGGAUCCCAACCAAAGAAAAUCUUCUAAAAAGAGGCAUGAUUGAAGAGACAACAGGAACAAAAUGCACUCUAUGUGGAGAAAAGAUCGAGACAGCAUCACACAUACUUUUCUCCUGUCCAGUCUCAUGGAAAGUAUGGUGUCUUUGCUACGAUUGGUGGGGCAUCAAGACAGCCUCACAAGAAGAUGGAUGGAAUCACCUAAGGCAACAUGUGGGCCUCAUAAGUAGGGGAAGAAAAAAGCAAGCCUGGUCAACAAUCUGGUUCUUCACAGUGUGGUCUAUAUGGCUGUGGAGAAAUGCAUUGAUUUUUAAGGGAGAAACACAACGUAUCGAACAAGUUAUUGAACACAUCAAAGUCCACUCCUUCUCAUGGAUCAAAGCAAGAUUGAACCCAGACCUACCCCAAUCAAUCUGGUUUAACAACCCAAAGGAAGCCUGCAAGAUACAAGUACAGUAAUCUUCUUUUGUGUAGGGAUAUGGCUAUGUGACCGCAAAUCCUUCCUUUUGUUUUAUUUGUAAUUAUGUUAUAAUGGGUUGAGGUACCCCUUGUACCUCCAAAAUAAAUAAAAUUUUUUGCU